CUCUUGGUCGCUGCAUUUGCACCACCAACCUAACGCACGCACCGCGGUCCCCUCAGAUACGUACCGCCUUGUACCGUCUUGGGAGACUGCAAGGUGAAUGGGUGGAGAAAGAACUGUUGCAUCCGGGUGGAGCGAAGGGCCAAUGACGUACGGUCCAUGACAUCACACCGCCGACGGAGUGGGGCAACAUGGGUGUCUCCCGGCAAAUCUGCAACACCCCGGCUUGCCAGGCCAUUACCCACUCUGGUCAGCUGAACUCGAGAUAAGGUCCCCGGCCUCUCCUCCGUGGUACGAUCCCGAUCUCCCUCCGAUCUCGACGACCGUCGAAAAAAAAAAUCCUCUAAGCCUGCAACUGCAACUGUACGCUCCGUCCUCCGUGUCGCCGUCCGUAUACCCCGAUCGACAUCUCAUCCCCGGCAUCGUCUUGUUGGAACUUUGUCUCGCAUCCCGUUAUACCCCAUUUCCCCAUCCCCUUACCUUGCAGAAAUUCCUUCCCGUUUCUAGUGUAUCAUUCGUUUUUGCCAGCAUAGCUCCUUUUUCCUCGCCCAUACCCCUCCCCCAGGAAAAUAGGAACCAGCCAACCAAACAAGUCAAUUAGAGCCAAAAGUUAAAACCCAAGUCUCAUUAUCAAAAAUGGCGCCACAAGAGCAGAAGCAGGAGGCGGAUCGUCACACCUUCUAUGCGGGGAAGCCCCAGCCGGACACGGAAUCCCCAGGCACCUUCCAAUCCAUCGAUCCCGCGACGGCGAAGCCCGUCUGCACCAUCCACACUUCCUCCGCCGCGUCCAUCAACGCCGCCGUCGACGCCGCGAAGACGGCCUUCCCCUCCUGGUCCGCCACCCCGCCCAUCGAGCGCUCCCGCAUCCUCCUCCGCGCCGUCGCCCUCCUCCGCGAGCGCAACGACGAGCUGGCCAAGAUCGAGACCCUCGACACCGGAAAGGCCUUCUCCGAGACCCAGUACGUCGACGUCGUCACCGGCGCCGACGUCCUCGAGUACUACGCCAACCUCGUCGCCUCGGGCGGCCUCAACGGCGAAUCCUUCCGCCUCAGGCCCUCUGCGUGGUCCUACACCACCAAGGAGCCCCUCGGCGUCUGCGCCGGCAUCGGCGCCUGGAACUACCCCAUCCAGAUCGCCCUGUGGAAGUCGGCCCCGUGCCUGGCUGCCGGUAACUGCAUGAUUUACAAGCCGAGCGAGUUCACCCCCUUGCACGCCGAGUACCUCGCCUCCGUCUACCGCGACGCCGGUGUGCCGGACGGCGUCUUCAACGUCGUCUACGGCGCGGGCGACGUCGGCGCCCAGCUCACGGCGCAUCCGGAUAUCGCAAAGGUCAGCUUCACGGGCCAGGUGAGCACGGGCAAGAAGGUCGCCGGCGCCGCGGCGGGCGGUAUGAAGUACGUGACCAUGGAGCUCGGCGGCAAGAGCCCCGUCAUCGUGCUGCCGGACUGCGACAUCGAGCAGGCCGUCGACGGCGCCAUGCUCGCCAACUUCUACAGCUCGGGCCAGGUCUGCACCAACGGCACGCGCGUCUUCAUCCCCAAGGCCAUCAAGGCCGAGUUCGAGAAGCUCGUGCUCGAGAAGAUCCAGUACGUCCGCGCGGGCGACCUGUUCGACCCGGCCACCAACUUUGGCCCGCUCAACAGCAAGACGCACCUCGAAAAGGUGCAGGCGUACGUCCGCAAGGGCGUCAUGGAGGACAAGGCGACGCUCCUGUGCGGCGGCGCCACGCAGCCCAAGGGUCUGCCGUCGGCGUACAAGUCUGGGUUCUGGAUCCAGCCGACCGUGUUUACGGAUUGCACCGACGACAUGACGAUUGUCAAGGAGGAGAUCUUCGGUCCCGUGAUGAGCAUUCUUACCUACGACACCGUCGACGAGGCCGUGGAGCGGGCCAACACGACCGACGUCGGUCUCGCGGCGGGCGUGUUUGGUCGGGACGUCGAUCAGUGCCACAGUGUUAUCCAGAAGCUCGAGGCCGGUAUUACCUGGAUCAACACGUGGGGUGAGUCGCCUGCGGAGAUGGCCGUCGGCGGGUGGAAGUCGAGCGGUGUUGGCGUGGAGAAUGGACGGAAGGGUCUCGAGGCGUGGGUGAGGAACAAGAGCACGCUUGUCGAGAUGGGCGGUAGCGUGCCGACUGUCUUCUCCAAGUUGUAAAGAGUUACGAGAAUGUACAAAAAAGGGAUCAAGGGGGAGGUUGUUGGUCAUUCGGACUGAACUCCCUGCAUGUGUGGUGAAAACAAAAGCUUGUCUUUGGACUGGAGGAGGUUUUGUUUAGAUAUGAGCG